AUCCAACUACGUAUCUGUGUGCCCAAAGACGAUCAAGAAACCAGUUAUUCCACCUCUUGCUCUCACUCAUCUGGAAAUUGGGAAAUAUCUUCAUCGCGCGCAAAUUCUUUUCACCGCUUUCUUCUUUAUCUUUGUUCUCUAUAGGAAGGUCGUCGCGUCUUUUCACACGCUCAAGAGUUCUAUCUACAAUCCUCACCCAAUUACGAUCGAUCCUGCUUGGAAUUAAGGUCCCACCAUCAACCAAACCCCUCGAUUGGAUCACCAAGCAUGGAGCAAGCUACACAGUCAACCGGUCAACAACAGAACCGCCAACAGGCUGUCUACGACAUUCGAAAUGGCGGUCAUUAUGGCGCCAGCGCAGCUCUUUCAGCUCAAGGAUAUGCUCCUGUCGCAGAAUUGUAUACCGGUGCAUGGUCAAAUGUCAACCAAGGUCUUCAAGGGAACUCGCGCGACAUCCUGACUACAUACUGGCAACACAUCAUCAACCAUCUGGAAACUGACAACCAUGACUACAAGAUCCAUCAAUUACCCUUGGCGCGUAUAAAGAAGGUGAUGAAAGCCGACCCAGAAGUGAAAAUGAUCUCAGCGGAAGCACCAAUCCUCUUCGCUAAGGGCUGCGACAUCUUCAUCACGGAACUCACAAUGCGCGCAUGGAUACACGCCGAAGACAAUAAACGUCGGACCUUGCAGCGAUCCGACAUUGCAGCUGCCCUUGCCAAAUCGGAUAUGUUCGAUUUCUUGAUCGAUAUCGUUCCCCGAGAGGAAGCUACAUCGCACGCUAAGAGAUCUAGUCAAGCUGGCGGUGCCGCAGGUACUACUGGUGCUUCAUCUUCUACCGGUGCCGCCGGACAUAUUCCUCCUGGUCAAGCUGGCGUCCAGCAUCCUCAUAUGGGAGCCCCAGAGUAUGCGUUGGGACAGCAUGCGCUUGCACAGGAUCAAGAUUACAGGAACCAGCCGGGCAUGUACCCUGGCGCAGUGCAAUCGGAUCCUGCAGCUUAUGGCCAGCCUCAACCUCAGAUGUUUGAUGGAAUGUACACCGCAUACCCUCAUCUCCCACCUCAACAGUAAAUAAUUCAAUUCACAUGAACCAUACAGCUCGUCCAAUAUAUUAGAACCAUCAUCCUCUCUAACAAAAAUGUACUGGAGGUUGUUUUCUUGGUCUUCGAUUCUUGGGAUUUAAAGAGUUGGACUGAUGGGCUGUUUUCUUGUGUUUCUUCCUAACGUGUUAUGCAAUUAUCGAUUAUCGGGCGUUUCUUGUCACUAUGUCUAGUAGGUAGUAAAGUCUCGAUGGGGCCACAAUUGUAAUUAUUGAUAUACUUGUUUGAGUGCUUUAAGGGUAUUAUGAUAGGAAGCUUCAUAUUUCGUAUGUAUUUGGACCCGAAUAAUAUAAGUUACUGGAU